AUGGCUGAUACAGGUCUCCCCGACGCAUGGGAAGUUCGCCAUUCGAACUCCAAGAACCUCCCCUACUACUUUAACCCCUCCACAAAAGAAUCUCGCUGGGAACCUCCUGCCGGAACCGAUACUGAGAAACUCAAGAUCUACAUGGCGCAGAACCACACCCCGGCCGCCCGCCCCGAUGCCUCUGGUGAAGGCGAAGGCAAAAUUCGUUGCAGCCACUUGCUCGUCAAGCACCGCGACAGUCGUCGUCCCAGCAGCUGGAGAGAGGCCGAUAUUACCCGUUCCAAGGAGGAGGCAAUUGAGAUCCUAAAGGGUCAUGAGCAGCGCAUCCAGUCUGGAGAGACCAGCCUUGGUGACCUUGCGGUUGCUGAAUCUGACUGCAGCAGUGCCCGCAAGAAGGGUGAUCUUGGGUUCUUUGGACAUGGCGAGAUGCAGAAGGAGUUCGAAGAUGCCGCUUUCGCUCUUCAGCCUGGCCAGGUUAGUGGAGUUGUCGAGACCGCAUCUGGCGUCCACCUCAUCGAACGCGUUCAAUAA